GAAUGACUGAUUGUGUUGUAAAGCGCCUUGGGGCUUCCAGGACUCUAUAAAAGGUGCUACAUCAAAUACAGACCACUUACCAAGCUACAUUAAAGAGAUAAAACUUUUUUUAGACUUUGACAAACUCUGCUGAAAAUAUGAUUUAAACAUCUUUAUGAGAAGUGAGUUCACACCUGUUAUUAAACAUCAGAGGGUGUUCCCAUGUGGCUCCAGAAUAAACAUCAUAGCUGAUUGGUCUUUUGUCUUAUAAAGUGUAAUAAUAUAAAAUAAAUUUUCAAGUAUUAAGUUGAUUUUCUGAAUCAUCAUCAGAUUAAAAACAACAACAAACAAAAGAAAAUAAUUUAAAAAACUUUAACAUUCAUGUUUCUAAAAUGACUUCAAAGAGUUUCGUGUAAAAUCUUGAUGAAAAGCUCCUUUCAACCAUUAAAGUCAAACAAAAGCCAAAAUUUCACUUGAAAUCAUCAAAAGGUCAGAGGUCAGAUCAAUGGACCAAUCAGGCUCAUCAACACUCGGAACCCUUCAGCUGUUUGAUCUGGGCUUCAAAGUUCUGUUUAAAACCCGGAUGGAUCAGAGCCCAGCGGUUGAUGAUGGACGGAAUCCGAGUUUCGGACUUCAGCAUCGAGCGCAUCCUCUCCUCGCAGUUCGGCCGGUGCCGGUGCCCGGUGCCGGUACCGGAGCCCGAACCGUUCCUCAGGAUCCCCGACCGGCUGGAUCUGGAGUUAGCCAGUAUUACCCCCCCCGCGCUGUUCCCGGAUCCCGCCCCGGUACCGGGAUGCCUGUUGUACCAAGAGAUGCAAUUUGGAGACGCGUGUUGUCCGUGCGCAUGCGCGUCCCAUCGCGCAGCGCUCAGCAGGUCCUACCGGAGCCACGGAAUUUACUUUAUUCAGAAUCCUGCAGAACCAGGUGUUCAGCAGCUGGGGGGUCACAGAGGUCAGCAGCAGGUCCGAUCCUGUCAGAAGACCCGGAUGAGGACGGUGUUCACCGCCGGUCAGACCCAACAGCUGGAGGCGCUGUUCAACAUCACCGACUACCCGAACCUGCAGGCUCGGGCCGAACUGGCUCGAGGAACCGGGCUUAGUGAGGACACCGUCAGGGUUUGGUUUAAGAACCACAGAGCCAGGAGGAAGAGGCAGCGCCGGGGUUCAAAGGUCAGAUCACCUGGUCCAUCGGCACUGCUUCGUGUAAGAAUCUCACCACCUGAUUCGUCCAAACUGGGGAUCAGACCAUCGGACGAUCCAAAUCUGGCUCAGCAGCACUUCAGCAGCCCAGCUUGAGAUCUGCAGAUGAAAGGCGCUGAUGACCUCCUGUGACCCCGGGGUCGGCCAUCUUUACAGACACUUCGAACUUUUCUUGUUUUCCGUCAUGUUUUCCUCUUUAACUUAUUUAAAAUUCUCAAGACUUUAAACUCGACUUUUUGUCUUCAUUUCUAGAAAUAAACAGUUAAAUAGAGUUAGUGAUGUUUUAUUUUCUAAUUCCUGCUGUUUACUACGUGUUUACGACUUUAAAAUCACUUCUUUAUGUAGCAAAUUUUGUUUUAAAUCAUG